GGAAGUUUGCAGAGUCCAAGGGGUUCAGAGAAGACUGCAGUGGGACUGCCUCUGAGAGGGAGCGUUUACAUCACUAAUUCUUGAAGAGUUUACCUUCUGGGACUCCAGCCUUGGACUGCUGCCAGGACAUUUGUCUCGGACUUGGCCUCUGGGCUGGUUACUAAGGAUUUUCCCUGGAGCGUGACUUCGAAUAUGACACUUCAGUAAUGCAGAGGCUGUAUCCUCCCUGGGCCUACCUUGGAAGCUAGAUCUGCAGCCGCCCUUCAGUCAUGGUUGUUUCAAGAUUAAAGGCCAUUUCCCUGUCAUUGCCAAGCCUUUUUCUUCUUGCUUUUCAUCUCUCGGCAUCACAGAAUGUACCUGAAUACUCUGAAGCUGAACAUCAGCAAUGUGUCAGGAAAGAACACCCCACAAUUGCUUUUGAAGAUCUGCAGCCCUGGGUCUCGAAUUUCACCUAUCCAGGUGUGCAUGACUUUUCUCAGCUUGCACUGGAUGCCAACAGGAACCAGCUCAUUGUGGGAGCAAGGAACUACCUCUUCAGACUUAGUCUACACAACGUUUCUCUUAUUCAGGCAACAGCAUGGGGUUCAGAUGAAGACACCAGGAGGUCCUGUCAAAGUAAAGGGAAAACAGAGGAAGAGUGCCAGAACUAUGUCCGAGUGCUAAUUGUUUAUGGCAAGAAGGUUUUUACCUGUGGUACCAAUGCCUUUUCGCCGGUGUGUUCCAGUCGACAGGUAGGAAAUCUUAGCAAAAUCAUUGACAGAAUUAAUGGAGUGGCUCGGUGCCCGUACGACCCCCGGCAUAACUCGACAGCUGUGAUCACAUCGCGAGGAGAACUCUAUGCUGCAACUGUAAUUGAUUUCUCUGGACGGGAUCCUGCUAUUUACCGCAGCCUUGGAAAUGUUCCCCCACUUAGGACAGCACAAUACAACUCCAAGUGGCUCAACGAGCCCAACUUUAUUGCUGCCUAUGACAUCGGUUUGUUCACUUACUUCUUCUUCCGUGAGAAUGCGGUAGAACAUGACUGUGGGAAAACCGUGUAUUCUCGUGUGGCAAGGGUUUGCAAAAAUGAUAUUGGAGGGAGAUUUUUGCUGGAGGACACAUGGACAACUUUCAUGAAGGCCAGGCUGAACUGCUCCCGUGCUGGAGAAAUUCCUUUCUAUUAUAAUGAAUUGCAAAGCACCUUCUACCUUCCUGAGCAAGAUCUGAUCUAUGGUGUCUUCACUACUAAUGUAAACAGCAUAGCUGCCUCAGCAGUGUGUGCCUUCAAUCUGAGUGCCAUUACUCAGGCAUUUAAUGGCCCUUUCCGUUACCAAGAAAACCCAAGAUCAGCCUGGCUGCCAACGUUAAACCCCAUCCCUAAUUUCCAGUGUGGGACGCUGAAUGAUGACAGCCCUAACGAGAACUUGACGGAGAGAGUCCUGCAGGAUGCGCAGCGCUUGUUCCUGAUGAAUGAUGUCGUGCAGCCGGUGACUGUAGAUCCAUACGUGACUCAGGACAGCAUUCGAUUUUCCAAACUGGUGGUUGAUAUUGUUCAGGGGAAGGAUACGCUCUACCACGUGAUGUAUAUUGGGACAGAGUAUGGCACCAUCUUGAAGGCCCUUUCUACCACUAACAGGAGCCUGAGGAGUUGUUAUUUAGAGGAAAUGCAGAUCCUCCCUGACGGGCAACGGGAAGCAAUCAAGAGUCUCCAAAUCCUGCACAGCGACAGGUCGCUCUUUGUGGGCUUAAAUAAUGGAGUGCUAAAAAUUCCUCUGGAGAGAUGCUCCAUGUACAGAACAGAAGGGGAAUGCCUAGGAGCCAGAGACCCCUAUUGCGGCUGGGACAGCAAGCAGAAGCGAUGCACCACCAUUGAGGACAGCUCCAACAUGAGCCUGUGGACUCAAAAUAUUACUGAGUGCCCAGUGAAAAACCUGACAACAAAUGGAAGACUGGGGCCCUGGUCCCCAUGGCAACUCUGUGAGCAUUCGGAUGGGGACAGCACAGGCUCCUGUAUGUGUAGGUCACGUUCAUGUGACAGCCCUCGUCCUCGCUGUGGAGGCCGCGGCUGUGAAGGGGCCAGGAUUGAGGUCGCCAAUUGCUCAAGAAAUGGCGCUUGGACACCCUGGUCUUCCUGGGCCCCUUGUAGCACCUCCUGUGGGAUUGGCUUUCAGGUCCGCCAGCGAUCCUGCAGCAACCCUUCUCCACGGUACGGGGGCAGGGUCUGCGUUGGACAGAGCAGGGAAGAAAGGUUCUGCAAUGAGAACAGUCCGUGUCCAUUACCAAUUUUUUGGUCUUCGUGGGGUCCUUGGAAUAAAUGUAGCGUGAAUUGUGGUGGAGGGAUUCAUUCAAGGCAGAGGUCCUGUGAAAAUGGAAAUACAUGUCCAGGCUGUGCUGUGGAAUAUAAGACCUGUAACCCGGAGAGCUGCCCGGAGGUGCGCAGGAACACACCCUGGACCCCUUGGAUGCCUGUCAACAUCACCCAGAAUGGUGCUCGCCAGGAGCAGCGCUUCCGCUACACGUGUCGUGCCCAACUAUCCGAUCCCCACGAGCUGCAGUUUGGGAGGAAGAAAACUGAGAGUCGGUUCUGUCCCAACGAUGGCUCAGCAGUGUGUGAUACUGACUCUCUUGUUGAUGACCUCCUGAAGACUGGUAAGACCUCUGCACGGAUUAUCAAUGGGGGCUGGUCCUUUUGGGGGGCCUGGUCUUCCUGUUCCAGGGACUGUGAGUUGGGCUUUAGGAUCAGGAAGAGAACGUGUACAAACCCUGAACCUAAAAAUGGUGGCUUGCCCUGUGUGGGGUCAGCGAUGGAAUACCAAGACUGCAAUCCGCAUCCCUGCCCAGUGAAAGGUUCAUGGUCUUGCUGGACUCCUUGGUCUCAUUGCUCAGCGACCUGUGGAGGAGGACACUACCAGCGCACGCGGACUUGCACCAAUCCGGCUCCGUCUAGUGGAGAGGAUAUCUGCAUUGGUCUGCACACUGAGGAGGCCCUUUGCAACACGCACCCAUGUGAAGGUGGCUGGUCAGAGUGGUCAGAGUGGAGCCUGUGUAAUGAAGAGGGCAUCCAAUACCGCAGCCGUUAUUGCGAGGUGCACAGCCCAGACUCUUCUCAGUGCGUCGGAAACAACACACAGUACCAAGAGUGCCUGUAUAAUGAAAUUCCUGUGAUCCUGCCAGCCUCCAGCAUUGAUGAGAGCACGAACUGCGGAGGUUUUAGUCUCAUCCAUCUGAUUGCCACUGGGGUCGCCUGUUUCUUUGGCUCUAGCCUCUUAACGUUUGUGAUUUACGUGUACUGCCAGCGCUGUCAGAGGCAGUCCCAGGAGUCGACUGUUAUCCACCCGACCACUCCCAACCAUCUCCAUUACAAGGGCAACACAACCCCCAAGAACGAGAAGUACACCCCUAUGGAGUUCAAGCUUACAGAAGUGACACACUUAAUAUCGGGGGGUCCAAACCUGGAUAUCUACCAAUGGAGAUGGAGAUCAGACACUUAACAAGAACAAUUUGAUACCAGAUGACAGGACCAACUUCUACCCGUUGCAGCAAACCAACGUGUACACGACAACCUAUUAUCCCAGUACACUGAAUAAAUAUGACUACAGGCCCGAGGCCUCCCCUGGAAGGACCUUUACCAACAGCUGAUGAUGGACAGUACCUACAGGACUGGAUCACUUCCUAUAUGAAUUUUUUUUUAAUUGAUUUUAUGGACCAAAUACUGGCCCAGCCUUUAGAUGUAAAUAUUGUACAGUAGGGUCUUUUUUUUUUUCCUUUGGUUAAUUGUAUUUCUUGUAAACAGCACAUCUCCUUACAAGGACAAAAAUGCAUAUGGACCAUUCUGCAGAGCUUUUGUGGACAUUUGGCUGGAGAUGGCUCUUACUACUGCAACUGUUUAUGGCUGGAAGAUCAGCGUUGCUGUCCAAGGCCAACGUUGUCAAGGAGGUGGCUGUGUGUUGGGCUCAGUGGCCUCCACGCUGCAGCACGUGGCACACGGGUGCACUCUGAACAAGGUAAGAGGUGGCCUCCUGGGGCAAGGAUGUCUGUCUGGUGAGGAGCAUCCUUCCUGAGACAGGGUAGCAAUGGUGCACUGGAUGACACGCAGCUCAUGAGACAGGCCAAGCGGGACUCCAUCGUGCCAACAACUUGAAGAACGUUUUCUUUUUCUUUUCCUUUUUUUUAUUUUUUAAUUUUUUUUUUAUGUUUCUGCAAAAGAAAAAAAAAUUGACUUUCUAGGGCUGUGUUCCCUAUAUCUUCUACAGAAUCUUUUCUUAUUACAGGAAAUACUCUCUGCAGCCUUCUUUGGUAAUAUGCAGUUCAGCUGAUGAGAAUCAACACACAAACAAAGUGCAUUACCCAAAGAAGCUUUCUAGAAUGUUUCCAGUCUUAAUUAAAAGAAAAUUAUACGGGCAGUGAGAUACUGAGAAAAGUAAAUGUUGGAAUAACAUCGGAGACAUGAACUUGGAGUGCCUAACAAACAAAGAGUGUUUAUAUCACUGGAAAAAAAAAAAAAAGAUGUGAUGAUUGCCGCACAAGAGCCAUGGGCUUUUUUGCUUUCUUUCUUGUUCUUAUUUUUUCUGAGACAGUGUUAACUCUUUUUGUUCCAGCUUUGAUCCUGAUUGCGUCUGCCAGGAAAGGCAACUUUAGAGGCCAUGCUCUUCUUGUGGGAAAUCACCAUGCUUUGGGCUGAUUUUUCCUCUUGUUUUCUUGUUGGUUUUUAGUUCGUUUACUUUCCAAGAGUGAAUAAUUCUGACUUUGCAGGGGGAGGGUAUUUUUGUAAGGAAUGUUUCCAUGGUCUGACAUGACCCAGAAAGUCUACUGCACAUUCCUAUAGCGUCUUCCAGUCAGUACUCUAUGAAAUUGUAACACAGCUGAGUAAUGUGCAUUGUUUGCCAAUAUUUCUUUAAUUUUUCUGAACAAAAGCAACCCAACAAACAAAUGCUGCUGCAGCUAUUGAAGUAAAUUGGGGCGGUAGCAUUAUUAAAUAGUAUAUCCAGCCUUGAAAUGUAAUUCUGUGUAUGUGUGUGACUGUGUCUAUAAGAACUGUAUUAGUUUGAUGCAGAAGCCAUGUUGUCUACAGCCAGAUGUUUGUCUGACAUAAUUGUUUGGCAAAAAAAGGAAACUUAUUGCUGGUGCUUAAUGUACAAUUACAUCCAAUGUGUUAGCCACGUGAACAAGUUCACCGCUGUUAUCAUUCAGUGUUUCUAAAUAUUUAUAAUGAACUCCUGAUGCUAAGAAUUUUAGAAUGUCGCAAUACUGAGCAUGAGAUAAAAGUGCACCCCGAAACGCGCAUGAGCUCCACGUCGUCCCGAGCUUGGCUUUGUUGUCUGCAUCUUACUCGAGCAAUUGCCCUGCCCGUGCUUGGCCACCGGCUCGGCCGUGUUCCCAGCAGCCCCCUUUGUCUUCGCUUUAUUUGGGAUUUCGCUGUUAAGCCGACACUGGGCAUUUCUCAGUGCUGUUCCUUUGCUUGUUCGGAAGCCCGGCUUGGGCUGUGUGCUCAGCUCUUUCAUGUAGGCAGCUGGUAGGAGAUGAAGAAAGACUUGUGUUGCUCGUGAUAACUAUAUUACUUUUCCUGCGAGGAAAAGCCAACAUGGCUCUGUAAGCCUGUGUUAUGGUGGUUUGACCAGAAGGCAAGAAUAAAGUAGCCUCCCAUUUUUAAAUUACUUUGGUCCACUUCAGUUUGCAGUGAUUGAAGGCUGUAGGGAUAUUUGUAAUAAAGUGGGGUCAUUAGCACUGCCAUGAGGAUGCCUUAGGCUCAGUGGUGCCCAUAAUUUCCAGCAGCUGUUUUUUCUCAUUUAGCAGCUCAUCCCACCUCUGCUCUGGUCUCACCGGAUGAAAUACAGGGAACAGAGGAGGAGAGAGAGUGGUGCCCUUAAACAGAUACACUGACAUUUGAAGCAGUGGGGUCAGGAGCUGAUGCAGACCUCGAAGCUCUGUCUGAAGCAACCUGCUGUAACCCUCCAAGUAGGCACAGCCACUCCAUGGCCCCGACGCCCCUGGCAGCGAGAGCUGCAGGAGGACAGCACUGACAGCGGGUACCAGAGCCUGCAGGGGGGCUCUUCCCAGGCCCCUAAACCCUGUUUGAGGAGUGAUGCCUUCGUGCUGUAACGAGUUCACCCCUGUCUCACUGAAUUUCUGCGUCCCCUUCAGCAAAAUUGAAAAUCCUGACUUAAAGUAGUUCUAACAAGUAUGUAGCCCGGGGUUUGAAAAUUAUUACAUUAGACUAUCGGGAUGGGAUUUCCCAGCUUUAAUUUAUGUGAGGCAGAAGAAAACAUUAGCUCCCAAGAUCACUCUAGCCAUUAAAACCAUCUCUGAGCUUCCCUUUCAGAAGAUUCCCUGUAUUGACACAUUCUGCAAUUAACCGUGCACGUGGCAGGAUUGCACCUGGAAUGGAGGGGGGAAUGCAAGUGAGUCAAACCUUGCAAUUAUUUUAAUUUUCAAUCUUUCCUUUUUUUUUUUUCCUCCUUUAACAUUUUUCCAUUUUCAGCUUCACAGAAUAGCACGAUGUAAAUUGAUUAUUUUUUUUUUCCCCAAAGUGCUACAUAGCAGCUGAAAUUAUUUAAAUGUUCAGCUCACCAAGAUAGGUCAUUACUGCCAUUGCACUCAGGAGGUGGAUAUUUUGUAGGCUAUUGGAGGGCAGAUGCUUCGAGGGUGGUGCAUGUGGUUAUAGUUUCAUCAAGACAUUCCUUCUUACCAGUCAUCCAAAUGGAUUCAGCCCUUUUUCAUAUAAUUGGCAAUCACAGCAAGGGUCUGUAGACUCCAUUCGAGCAGAAAGUAGAAUCCAGGAGAGAGCAAGACAGCGCAAAAGAAAGAAAUCAGAAUGCUUAUUACUCAAUUAAUGUUUGCAUGAGAGUGCAGUUCUUUAAGGACAAUGUUAAUGCGGGGUGAGGGUUGCAUUUUUUAUGAGCUCUCUAAAGCAUGGCAGGCUAAUGACACCAUGUACACUGAUAUUCUUGUGAUCCAGGUAAUUUGGCAGCUUCAUCAUCAGGCCUGUGCUAUCUGUAGCAGCUUGAAUUGCUCCUGCAGCUGGAUGUUAAACUUGCUAAAAUUUCCUAUUCCUAAGGCCAUCUUACAGUACACUGGAAAUGCAUUUAGUUGGGGAGCGUUACUUUUUAAAAGAUUCCUGUUGCUAUAUAUACAUAUAUAUAGUUUUCUUCUUUCACAUCUAAGGCAGGAAAGGGGGACCCUGCACAGCUCCUGCAUUGGUCUAGAGGCACUGGUUCUCUGCAGCCCCUUUGGAUAGGAUUCAGGGUAUACCCUAUAUGAAAUAUGAUGGAAAACUUACAGCCAAGUACGUAGCGGAAGCAUCUUUCCUUAAGCCGUUCUUCUUUCUUUUUCCAUGGAAGAGGCUGCCUUUCUCCCUGCAGAAGGGGUGCAGAAGGGGUGUGCGUUACAGUGUUGUCCAGGCUGUGUUGUGCUGUUGCUGUCAGGCUUUGCUUGAUCAGCUGUCACCCCCCAGAAAUGACUCGUGCAGCUCACUGACAGAGAAACCACAGUGAAAAAGGUGCUGUUGCUCUAAAGGUGCACUUGAGUGUUCAAGCAUACGAGCCAGGGCUGCUCUUAAAUAUGUGAACUGUACAGAUACUAUAGGAGAAGAAUGUGUAUUGUCUUACCACCACUGUUCCCGAUGCCUUACGUUCAGAAAAUGAGAUGGUUGGUUUGAAAUCAAUAGCGAGUCGGAGCGGAGUCCACGUCUGAUGCAGACAAUUUGACGCCUCCAGUGUUAAUCUGAUGUCAAGCCCACCUGGAGAGGAAAUUGCUGUCCACUGAGAUGAUUGAUUUAUUCUUUGUACCAAAUGUAGUGGGGGGAGAGUUAUAUAUAUAUAAAUAUAUAUAUAUAAAAAAAAAAUGUAAAUGUAAAGUUUGUGUAACAACUUACUCUUUUUUUUUGUAAUAGUGUAUACAUCUAUCAGUGGAUAGAUACAGUAUAUAUUUAUAAUAUAUACACACACAAUAUAUAUAUUUAGCAAAAUGCCUGCAGAGGAAACUUAGAAUAAAAAAGGCAGUGCUGGUAUUCAAAUUCCACAGGGACAAAGUGAAGAAAAAAAGCUGUAGAAAUCUAGUAACCUUUUCAUUAGGUUUUAAAAAAAAAAAAAACAACACUGUUGAGGUGAAUGAAAUAUAAUUUUUUAAUUGAAAAGAAAAUUGAUUUUUCUAGUUAGAAAUGCUGAUUCUCCCCUAAAUCAUUCUGGUUAAGAAUGAUUAAGAAAAAGAUUCCUGUUACUGCUUAUAUUUUCUGAAUAAGCCUCCCAAGUCUCUGAUGUGUAUCACUUUAUUGUUUUUGUAAUUAUAAGUAGGGAGUAAUUGUGCAAAGAAAAUUAAAAUAGCAAGUAGGAGUAACAAAUAUUGUACCAUUAGAGGAAAAGACAUCAUCUAUUAGAACGUGAAAAAUGUCAUCUUCCAUGUUAAAGAAGUUAGCAACUGCUUUCGGAGUUACUGAUUGCCAUCAUGAGCCUUGUCUUAGAGUCACACUAGGAGGUUUUAGUACUAAAUUUAAAUUUGGGGAAGAGAAACCCCCAGAAACUCAUGGCUUUUGAUUUUCAGAGGGGUCAAAAAAAGUCACCAGGCCAUGGGAGUCAGGCACCCAGUGUCUGUUUGUGGCCAAGGCUCUGCACCUACUCCUCGCCCUGUCGCUCCCUCCAGCCAAGCCCGCAUGGACAGGGGGGCUCAGCCCCCUCAGAGCUGUUGGGUGUAACAGAGAAAUACCCAGUACAUGGGGUUGGAAGGAGUUAUUUUUUUUCCCAACAGCUCACUUUAAAGCCCUGGAGAGCAAAGCCCAGCCUCGUACAGGCAAUCUUCCCCUUAAGUGUCUCUAGGAAAAAAAACUUCAGGCAGCUUCAAGAAGAGAUUUGGGGUAGGUGAGCAAAUCCACAAAUUUUGACACUGCCUGAUUGCCAGAGCCUUCAAAACUGGACAGAAACCUCUCUGGAGUUGGGUCCUUGGUGGAGCUUACCCAGUCUCAGCCGUUCUGCCAGGAAUUUCCUCCUUUGGGCCCUUUGGGAAGUUUCAGUGUCUGCAUUAGUCCUGGCUGGAGGAGCAAACCCACCAAUCUACUAUUUAGACAGCCACAAAUGUACGUGCUCUACAGCACUUACAGAAUGAUAUGGGGUUGGAAGGGACCUCUGUAGAUUAUCUAGUCCAAACCCCCUGCCAAAGCAGGUCCACCUCCAUUUAACAAAAGUUUGGGUCUUGAACUUGAUUAUUUUUUUUUUUUUCCUGUUCUGCCUCCAACCUCAGCUGCAGAUUCGCCCCUGCUCACCGAGAGGGCUCGGGGCUGUAAGAGCAGCUCAGAUUGGCUGCAAGUCCCAGCUGCCAUUUGGGUUUAAACAAAUCUGGUCCUGAAAAGCAUUAACGCUGCACUCUAAUAACUCUGCAACCUCCGUGAGCCGGGUGCUGUUAAUUCGGGUGCCACGGAGCCAAGCAGAGGUUGGCGUGGAUGGGCCAGUAAUAACUGAAGGAAAAAUGGCUUCAGUACCAAAAUGUCAAACAACAGGAAAGCCAGCCAGCUGCACGACAGCGUGGUGCCCAUCCACACAUCCCUCCUUAGAUAACACCCAAACCCGCGCACACUUAAAAGCAGUGCAGUUAAUUAGGAGCAUUCCCACAGAGGAAGGUUUAGGGCUGUCUGUGAGAUGGAAAUGAUAGGAUUUAGCUUGUAACUGAGGUGGGAGAGUGAGAGAAGCAAUCCUGCAUCUCGGAUAUGUGGGGAGUUAUUACGUGACCACGGAAUGCUUGCCCCAAAACAGCAAAACCUGGAGAGUAUUAUUGGACUCUGUUGUGAAGGCACAUCACCCUUCCUAUGCAAUUGAACUUGAUGGUACUUUAGUAUAAAAAGGUGACCUAGACUGUAAUCACUGCCUUUAGACACUGUGAAUUUUUUUUGGGUACUCUGUAUUUUUAUAUAUUGUACAAUGUAAAGAAUAAUUCAGAAAUAAAACAGACCAACCUGGCAA